AUGGGCCACUCUCCCGAAAGUCCGACCGGGCAAAGCCCGCCAGAGAAGCCUCGCGAAGACACCAUCAUUAUCGGAGACCAAGAAGAACCAAGCACAAUCGAUGAAAAGACCACGGAAGAGCAGAAGAAGAAUGAUGAAUCUGCAUCGCUGGGUAAUUACAUUCGGCUGCUUUCCUACACCAACCGUACUGAUCGCGUGAUCCUUGCAAUCGCCAUGCUAUCCGCCAUCGGAUCUGGAGUGCCACUUCCCCUGAUGAAUAUCGUAUUCGGCAGCCUUGUCGGACAAUUUAAUGGAUACUUUUCGGCGGGAACAUCUGUGACGGAGGCGGAAUUUAAAGCCUCGGUCAGCAGACUGAGCUUAUACAUCGUCUACCUUUUCAUUGGAAAAUUUGUUUUGACAUAUUUCUCCAUGUAUUGUUUCCGCGUUAUUGGUCUUCGUGUUUCAGCCACUUUGCGACACGAUUACAUGCGGACGCUCUUCGCCCAGCCGAUCAGCAAGCUCGACCAGGUAUCAGUGGGUGCCGUCACCAACACCAUCACCACCCUGUCCAAUUCUAUCCAACAGAGCAUUUCGGAUAAACUAGCCAUCCUUUUCCAAUCUGUCGCCCUUCUCGUGGCUGCAUACAUCAUCGCUUUUAAAUAUUCAUGGGCCUUGACUCUGGUCACUAGUUCCGCACUUCUAUUUAUCCUGAUCGCUGUCAGCAUAACACUACCCCGUUUAACGAAAGCCCAGCAAAGUGUCGACAAGGCAGAUGAGAAGCAGUCAUCCAUCGCAGCGGAGGUGUUUAGCUCAGUUCGCACAGUGGUAUCACUGGGAGCGGAAGGGAACCUCGCCACCAAAUAUGCGCUUUGGGUCGAAGAAGCGCGUAAACGAGGGCGAAAGAUGUCCGUGUUCCUCGGACUUCAAUUCGCCCUAAUUUUCUUCGCCAUGUACUCUAGUUAUUCCUUGGCCUUUUGGUUUGGACUGAAGUUGUUUCGCGACGGUCACAUUGGGAGCAUCAACACAGUCAUCACCGUAUUCUUCUCGGUCAUGGUGGCAGUGAGUGUCAUGGGAAACAUCGCUUCGCCGUUGAUUAUAAUAUCCAAGGCAGCUAGUGCGGCGGGUGCAUUCUUUGAGAUGCUGGACUCGGAGAAGAUAGACGUCAGCGGUCUUGGCGACUCCGAUGCCUCUGCAGAGGUGGAUAUUGUGCUUGAGAAUGUUCAUUUCGCCUACCCUGCACGACCGGACACAAAGGCGCUUAACGGGCUCAAUGCUCGGUUUCAGCGGGGAAAGACUACAGCGUUGCGAUGGUAUCAGCUGAGUGGAACCAGCGAUAAAGACCAAGGGGCAAUCUAUGUUGGCGAUCAUAAUGUCAAUAAUUUGGAUCUGAAGUGGUGGAGGUCCCAGGUGGGGCUAGUACAACAAGAGCCCGUUCUUUUCAACGAUACCAUCUUCAACAAUAUCUCCCUGGGGCUAAUCGGAACGAAGUGGGAGCAUGAGUCCGACGACAAAAAGAAAGUACUAAUUGAGAAUGCGUGUCGAGAGGCCUUUGCAGAUGAAUUUAUCCAACGUCUGCCCAAGGGCUAUGACACCCCAGUGGGAGAGAAUGGCACCAAGUUAAGUGGUGGACAGAGGCAACGACUGGCAAUAGCCCGGAGUAUCGUGCGUCAGCCCUCUAUCUUGAUCUUGGACGAAGCAACGAGUGCGAUCGAUGUCCGUAGUGAGAAGAUCGUCCAAGCAGCUCUUGAUCGGCUGUCUCGCAACCGGACUACAAUCGUCAUCGCUCACAGGCUGUCUACCAUUCGACAAGCCGAUCAUAUCAUUGUCAUGAAGGGUGGCGUGGACAUCGAGCAAGGCACUCACGAGGAACUUCUCAACAUCGAGGGUGGGGUCUACAGCGGCCUUGUCAAUGCUCAGAAAGUGGAACUGCUGGAUGAUGAUGACGAGCACACUAGCGACAUAACCGAAGAAUUAAAGGAAGAUUUCAAACCUGCAGACGAACUUGUUCGACAGUCUACGAACCAGGAUGGAAAGGAAUCAGCGAAGAACAAGGGCUUCUUCGGCAGCAUCGGGUUGUUUUUAUAUGAACAGAGAGCGCUAUGGAGGUUCUAUAUUCCAGUUGUGGCCAGUGCCGCUGGAGCUGGAGCUGCGUUCCCACUCCAAAGUUGGCUUUUUGCGAAGCUUAUCGGGGUGUUUCAGUUGACUGGCCAAAGACUGGCACAUGCAGCCAACUUCUGGGCAUUGAUGUUCUUUAUUCUGGCUCUAGGGACGGCAUCAUCUUACGGACUUAUGGGAUAUUCUUCGAAUAGGUUCUCUGUGGAAGUAUCCUCCUUCUAUCGAAAACAGUACUUUGACAACGUACUCAACAAGCCUAUUCCAUUCCACGAUCAGAUUGAAAACGCUUCAGGCUCCCUUGUCUCUCGGUUAGCAACAGAUCCGAAGCAAGUGCAAGAGAUUGUCGGAGUGAACGGUGCAUUCCCACUCUCUUCCAUAUUCAGCAUCCUGGGGUGCAUUAUAAUCGCAUUCACAUUCGGGUGGAAGCUCAGCCUUGUUGCUGUUUUCGCAGCACUGCCAUGCACAUUUCUUGCAGCGUUCAUGCGCAUCCGAUACGAAAUUCAAUUCGAAGCAAUGAACGCCAAGGUCUAUUCUGGAAGUUCGCAGUUUGCAGCUGAAGCCAUAGACGCGUUUCGUACCGUCUCAGCCCUGACAAUGGAAGAUGUCAUUCUGGAUCGUUAUUCCAAACUCUUGCGGGACCAGCAAACAAAGGCUUUCCGAAAAGCCUGGUACGCUACCCUCAUCUUCGCCUUUUCUGACAGUGUCGAGUUGUGCGCUAUGGCGCUUACGUUCUGGUAUGGCGGUCAACUUCUCGCGUCCCGAGAAUACCAGCCGACCGACUUCUUCGUCAUCUACAUUGCGAUCAUUCAAGGCGGACAAUCUGCCGGUCAAUUUUUCAGUUUCGGAUCCAACGUCGCCCAAGCUAUAGCAUCCGCAAACCGUAUGCUAAAUCUGCGACCGAGCAAAGCCGAACGUGAAGAAGCCCACAACAUCAAGGCUCAGCCAGAGUCCCUGCGAACCCGCUCUGGAGCCAACAUCGAGUUCAAUAACGUCGCAUUCCGCUACGCCUCCCAAGAUACACCUCUAUUCACAAACCUCAACGUCAAAAUCGAGAGUGGCCAAUUCGUCGCCUUCGUCGGACCAUCUGGCUGCGGGAAAACAACCGUGAUAUCUCUACUCGAGAGAUUCUACCACCCCUACCAAGGAACAGUCCUCAUCAAUGGCAACGACAUCCACACCAUCGACCCCUCAUACUACCGUCGCUCAAUAUCCCUCGUAGCACAAGAGCCACGCCUCUUCGAAGGCACCAUUCGCGAUAACAUCACCCUUGGACUCGACGAGUCCGAGUUCACAGAAGACGAUCUGAUCCAAGCGUGCAAGGACGCAGAGAUCCACGAUUUCAUCACCUCCCUCCCGGAAGGGUACUCCACUGAUCUUGGAAUCAAGGCGCAGACCUCGAUGAGUGGAGGACAACGACAACGCAUGUGCAUUGCGAGAGCGUUACUACGAAAACCAUCCCUACUUCUGCUUGAUGAAGCGACAUCGAGUCUUGACUCGCAGUCUGAGAAGGUCGUGCAGGCGGCAAUGGAGCGCUUGGCUGCGAAAAGAUGUAUGACGAUUGUGGCAGUGGCGCAUAGAUUGGCUACUAUUCAGAAAGCGGAUACGAUAUUUGUCUUUGGUGAAAGUCGGAGUGGGUAUGGGUCUAGGGUCGUGGAGCAGGGGAGUCAUCAGGAACUGUUGCGGAAUAAGGGGACGUACUGGCAGAUGUGUCAGGAAAACGCGCUCGAUCGAUGAUUACAUUCUACAUAGUUUUUAUUUGAAUAUAGAUUUGGUAUUUACCGGGGAUAAUAUGCUG